AUGAUUAACAGAGCAGCUUUAAGAUCCUUCAGAACAGUCAAACCAGUUGCUUUGGGUCCUAUCCAACAAAGGGCCAAAGGAAGUGUUGCAGAGAACACCAAGGAAGUGCUCAAUAACAUCAACUUGAAGGUGGGCCAAACUUUGGCCUCGGGUCUGGGUAAGGCAGAAGAGGCUGCCCAAACCGCCUCUGAGGCCACCGGAAAGGUGAGCGAGCAAGUUUCCGAAAAGGCGUCCAAGGCAAAAGACGAUCUAUCAAACCUGACAAAGGACGCCAAGGACGCAGCUAAUCGCGAGGUGAAGGAAAAUAUCAAGGGAUACGACUCUCUCCAGGACAAGGGAUCCAACGUUGAGCGUGAGCAGCAGCGUCCGGAUGAUGGUGUGUGA